CCUUUUCGAGGAAUCGCCGGGGAUUGGCUAACAGGCUGGGAGUGGGGCUGCGGGGCUAGACGCGGCAUCAUCACUUCCUGUUGUGGGCGGGCGUUUCCUGUCGCUGCUUGGUAACAAUGGGGAAGAUAAUGGCUGCCUGAGCAACGUCUGCGAGCAGGCGCUGGGUUAGAGGCGGGUCUCAACCAGCGACUCAUCGGAGGCGGGCUUGAGAGCGGCGGCAGGGGAGGCGCCCAGGAGCCCCGGCGGCGGCGGCGGCGGGGCGGCGGGGCGGCGGCGGCGGCGGCGGCGGCGGCGGCGGCGGCCGAACCGACCGAGUCGGAUCACGACACUAAAAUCGAAGCAGAGAGUGAAGAAAACUAAAAUCCAGUUUAUUGUAUUACAAUACUAUGUCAUAACAGUCAGAUAAUUUUCCACUUGUUCAUCAAGAUGGAAAGCUCAGAUUCUAACGAUAAAGGAAGUGGUGAUCAGUCUGCAGCACAGCGCAGAAGUCAGAUGGACCGAUUGGAUCGGGAAGAAGCUUUCUAUCAAUUUGUAAAUAAUCUCAGUGAAGAAGAUUAUAGGCUUAUGAGGGAUAACAAUUUGCUAGGCACCCCAGGUGAAAGUACUGAGGAAGAGUUACUAAGAAGACUACAACAAAUUAAAGAGGGCCCACCACCGCAAAACUCAGAUGAAAAUAGAGGUGGAGACUCUUCAGAUGAUGUGUCUAAUGGUGACUCUAUAAUAGACUGGCUUAACUCAGUGAGACAAACUGGAAAUACAACAAGAAGUGGGCAAAGAGGAAACCAAUCUUGGAGAGCAGUGAGCCGGACUAAUCCAAACAGUGGUGAUUUCAGAUUCAGUUUAGAGAUCAAUGUUAAUCGUAAUAAUGGGAGCCAAAAUCCAGAGAAUGAAAAUGAACCAUCUGCAAGACGUUCUAGUGGAGAAAGUAUGGACAACAACAGCCAAAGGCAAGUAGAAAAUCCACGAUCUGAGUCAGCAUCUACAAGGCCACCCAGAUCAGAACGAAAUUCAACUGAAGCAUUAACAGGAGAAGUUCCACCUACCAGAGGUCAGAGAAGGGCAAGAAGCAGGAGCCCAGACCAUCGGAGAACCAGAGCAAGAGCUGAAAGAAGUAGGUCACCCCUGCAUCCGAUGAGUGAAAUUCCACGAAGAUCUCAUCAUAGUAUCUCAUCUCAGACUUUUGAGCAUCCUUUGGUAAAUGAGACUGAGGGAAGUUCUAGAACCCGGCACCACGUGACAUUGAGACAGCAAAUAAGUGGACCUGAUUUGCUAAGUAGAGGUCUCUUUGCAGCUUCUGGAACAAGAAAUGCCUCACCAGGAGCAGGCUCUUCAGACACAACUGGCAAUGGUGAAUCUGCAGGAUCAGGACAGAGACCUCCAACUAUAGUCCUUGAUCUUCAAGUAAGAAGAGUUCGUCCUGGAGAAUACCGACAGAGAGAUAGCAUAGCUAGCAGAACUCGGUCAAGGUCUCAAACACCAAACAACACUGUCACUUACGAAAGUGAACGAGGAGGUUUUAGGCGUACAUUUUCACGUUCUGAGCGAGCAGGUGUGAGAACCUAUGUCAGUACCAUCAGAAUUCCAAUUCGUAGAAUAUUGAAUACUGGUUUAAGUGAGACUACAUCUGUUGCAAUUCAGACCAUGUUAAGGCAGAUAAUGACAGGUUUUGGUGAGUUAAGCUACUUUAUGUACAGUGACAGUGAUUCAGAGCCUAGUGGCUCAGUCUCGAGUCGAAAUAUGGAAAGGGCAGAGUCACGGAACGGAAGAGUGGGUUCUGGUGGUAGUAGCAGUUCUGGUUCCAGUUCGAGUUCCAGUUCAAGUUCCAGUUCCAGUUCUAGUUCAAGUUCCAGUCCUAGUUCCAGUUCCAGUGGUGAAAGUUCAGAGACUAGCUCAGAGGUGUUUGAAGGCAGUAAUGAAGGAAGCUCAUCAUCAGGCUCAUCAGGUGCCAGGCGAGAGGGUCGACACAGGGCCCCGGUAACAUUUGAUGAAAGUGGCUCUUUGCCCUUCCUUAGUCUGGCUCAGUUCUUCCUCUUAAAUGAGGAUGAUGAUGACCAACCUAGAGGACUCACCAAAGAACAGAUUGACAACUUGGCAAUGAGAAGUUUUGGUGAAAACGAUGCAUUAAAAACCUGUAGUGUUUGCAUUACAGAGUAUACAGAAGGCAACAAACUUCGUAAACUACCGUGUUCCCAUGAGUACCAUGUCCACUGCAUCGAUCGCUGGCUAUCUGAGAAUUCUACUUGUCCUAUUUGUCGCAGAGCAGUCUUAGCUUCUGGUAACAGAGAAAGCAUUGUGUGAUUAAGGUCUGAACUCUCAGCUAUUUAGCUGGUAUAGUGAUGGGCAAACAGGAAUCACUUGCUUUAUAUCCACUUUUUGAGUGGUGCUUAAAUGUAAAGUAGCAACCUGAAUUGAGUCAUUGCUUUCUGAAUGAAUCAUUGUCCUUUCUCUAAUUUCUGUUCCAGAAUAAAAGGAAAUAUUUUAAAAACAACGUUUUAGGACAUAAAAAUCUGAUUUCUCUAUCAGUAAUUGAUAUUACUGAUGAUUUAUGAUAUAUACUUGUCAGUUUCUCCUUUGUUAUCUUAAAAGAUCUGCCUUAGCAAUGGCUCUUAUCUGUUUCAUGUUGAUCUUUAAAGUUUCCUAACGCCAUACGAAAGAGAGGUGAAGGAAAAUCCCAGUUUAGACUAAGUUACAGUACAUGUUUUCCUAAGUGAUUGCUUAAAGCUGUAUUGUUCCCAGUUACUAGUUGGCACAAAUUCAGCUACAUUCUGAAUAACAUUUGUUCACCUUUCAGGCAAGGUGAUAUUGGACAUGUCAGUGUAAAUAACACUAAGGUUAGGAUCUUCUAAGUGUAUAACUGUCUCCUAAGCCCAUCACUGUGGCACACUGUAGAGUGAGCUUAUAGUUUAAUUGAGAUAUUUAUCUUGUGGAAAUAUUAAAAAAAAAAGCCUAUGCUUGUGUAAGUGAAAAAAAUCACAUUCAUUUGUUUAAAAAUGUAAAGCUAUUUUGUAGAGGCUCAGUACUUUUCCAAUGCACUGUUGUAUUAAUGCAUUAAAAAUUGUAAAGUACCAUGCUUAGAAAUGAAAAAAACUGCUUUUUGUGAGCCAACAUAGUAAACACACCAAACAAAGUACAAAGCUGCUUUUUUAAGUGUGUAGAUGUAAGAGCAGAACGUAUCUAUAAUAUUUAAUGUAUAUGAACAGCUACUGUGAUACGCAGAGGAAAGGACAGAGUGCAGAAUUGAACUGCAUUGAAGACCAAUAGGAAUUGUUUAUUUUAACUUGAAUUUGGGCAGGAAACGAAAGACAGAGGAGGAAGAAAACUGCUUGGAGGAACUUAAAUAUUCAUGAAGACAGUAAUCAUAUAGGCAUGAACUGGUUUCAUACAGUGAGAUCCUUGAGCAGAUGAAGUAGAUCAACAAAUUUUGGCAGAGUUUUGGUUUAAGAAAAACAAACCACUACCACCUAGUACAAGUUAGACUGAUGUUUUUACAAGUCUGCUCCUCAAAAAAAAGAUGGGGGAAGAGACUAUAAACCACUUUUAGCAUAAGAAUUGAAGUUGGUACAAAUGUGCCUACUAAUAGGAAAGUUUCAAAUUUGCAUUGUUUUCGAGAUUUUUGUCAUUUAAGGUACCAGUGCACACUUGUUUAAUGUUUUGUUAUUAUAUCUCUAACACAGACCUAACGUCUUAUUUAAAGACAAGGUGAAGAAUUAAGGGGAUUUUUAUUCCUUGUUGAAAGUGAAUCGUGUUGGGUUAUUUGAAAUUCAAAUUUUAACUGUGCUGCCCAUAUUUGAAGAUGAGAAUGCUGACUCACAGUCUAUGGGAUAUUGCACUUUAUGUUGUUUCCUUAGUAAGGUUUGUGAAGAACCCCAGUACUCUUGCCGACUUUCUCUUGAGGUUAGGAUUAGUCUGACUGUGGAGGGCUGCCUUUGUUUUUCUGGGAAAAGCUAAUGGGCCCAAAGAGGGAUUGAACACAUCCUUGGCCUUUAACAAAGUGAGCCAAUUACCCAGGCCUAGUCAGAUACUCUACAAAAUAAACAAGUUUGCUUGAGAAAUUAUCUGGCUACCUGAACUGUUAGCAACUCAGCUGUAAAGAUUAUUUCAAAGCUCAUUCUUUCAUGUUUUCCUCUGUUUUUCAAUCCUACCUAAGUAUCAAGGAAAUUAACUUGUAAAUAUAGUAGUUGUUUACUAAGGAUAUGUACUGCUCUUGCAAGGAAUAUUGUUCAAACAAAGCUUCACUUAUUUUUUUUAAUAUAAGCAGAUUUCACGGUUUAUGGCGCUUAUGUAAUACAUUUUAUCUUUUUAAAAAAAAUUGUCCAUGUAAAAGUCAGGAUUCCUUUAUAUUUGUGAGCCUCCUUGUCUCUUUUCCUAAGGGUAUAAACUACAGUUUUCCAAUCUGCAGGGUGGUCCUGAUUGGCUAGAAACAAACCCAUUUUUCUCUUGGUAGAAAAUGUCCCAUUAUUAUAGGGGUAUUCAUUUUAAAUAGUUUAAAAACAACUGCAGCACAUUCUAAGCAUAAAAGAAAGUUAUUAACAGGUACCUUCCUAGCCUCCCAAGAUGUAUUAUUACUCAUUUGUGAAGUAUUAAAGUAAGAGGUAACUCAUGCAGAAUGCUGGUUUGAAUGUAGAUAUUGAAGCUAUUCAUAAACACUGGAAAUAGAAUUUUAAGUUUUUAGCCUUCAGUAGAAUGCACAUAUUGGACAUGUGCAUGUGGAAACUUUUUUUCAGUAGCACUCAUUGAUUUCCAUUGGAUUGUGUAGAAUGGAUACAAAUAUUUUAGUGGAAUUUGCUACUUGAUUUUCUUUUUUUUUAAUUUUGCAAGGUCCAUGACCAAUAUGUACUUACUAGUAUGGACAUUGAAGACGAGGUCAUUUGUAGGUGUCAGAUGUACAAUGGAGAACAAAAAUCUUUUCCCACCAGCAUCCAAAUGCCUAUUCUCUUGAGGGAGCAUUUUCUUGCAAAAGACUUUACAUUUCAUUUUGUAUCUUUGCACUUUUUCUUUAUUACAGAAAGAUUCUGUCUUGAAGACCUAGUUUGAACUUCAUGCAGUAAUAGGAACAAGAAAAAACAAUGUUGAAGGAUUACAUUGUUCAAUGCAUAGGGGAAAGUAUUAAAACCGGAAUUUCCUUGAAUAUUUCAGAUGUUUUUUAAAAAAAUUCACUUGCUAGUCUGAAAUGUUUGAGGUGUUAUGUUCAAUCCCAAGCAGCUGAUGUGGUUGAGAUUUAUUAAUACUAAAAAACAAAAUUGAACAAGUUAGGUUUAAAGUUUGCAGACCUUUUCUGUAGCAACACUAGAAGAUGAGCCAUAUUGUUAAUUUGGAAUAUUUGCUCUAAAAGGAACACAUUAGUUAUACCUCAGUGGUGUUAAUGGAGCUGGAAAUUGAGAAAAGUGUUCACAUUAGUGUUGGAGUGUAGCUAAUAAAUUGUACAGUUAACAACAAAAAACGUUUAGCACCAGGAUUUUAUAUAUAUAUAUAAAUAAUAUAUAUAAUUAUUAUAUAUAUUAUAUAUAAUAUAUGUUAUAUAUAUAUAUAUAAUAUAUAUAUAAAAUCUCUAAAAACAUGAUCGUUGGAGUUCAUCCAAACUAAAGAUUAGGAAACUGUUAGCUAUAAGUGUUACCUCAAGUAAUUUUUUUUCCUGGGAAAACAUGUUCUUUCUGUGCCAAGUGUUCUCUCCUAGUGUCAGUGUCUCAUAUUUAUGAAGGGUUAUCACUUAAUAUGCUUUGUGUUUAAUCCCCUGCUUCCCAGAUGUCCACUACAUGAAAUGAGUCAAGCAUCAGCCAUGAUUUUCAGCAGUUCCCAAAAUACCCAUGUGAUAGGCGAAUGUUGCAGAAUGCCUCUUAAAAGGCCAUUUUUACAGCUUGCUAGAAUACAGUGGCACCUUGUGGUUAUAAUUGAUACUUUUAAAGAUGGAGGAUAUUUUUAUUUCCCCCUCCUCCAACCCCUUUUCUUUGUGUGUGUGUGUGUGUGUGUGUACAAAAAAUGUUUGUAAACUGCCUUAUUUGAGUUUUUUAAGUUUUACCUUACUGGCUUCCCUGUCAAAUAUAUUUACCAAUGUUAAAUACAUAGAAGCCACGUUUGCAGGGCACUUUGUUUCUUUUCUUGUUUUAUAAGACUAUGCUGAUAGCUACUUUCUAAAGUUUUCUGUACCUUAGUAAUGCAAGAUAUUGAUGAGGCAGAUGUUAAAAUAUCAGGUGUUUUUUUCCCUUAGUAUAAUUCUUCAGUAUGUAAUAUUCAGUAGCAGUGUUGUAAUUAAUUAACAAGUAAAUUGUAUGCUUUGGAAAAACAUUUGAAAAUGUAAAUCAACUUAUGCUUCAUUUGGGAAGUGCAACGUCCAAGUAACUAGUAUUUCAUUUAUUUUAAAUCAUACUUUUAAUAAGCAACUAAGAAACACCUAUGAGUUAAGUACCUGCCCUCUAAAAUUUUUAGCAUUCUGAAAUUGAGUUCUGAAUGGGAACAUUUCUAAAAUAUUAUCGAAUAGUCCCAACAAGUAAUUGAUGUCACUUGAUUUAAUUAACUCCAUUUUGUACCUAGAAUACAGCAUAAAAUAUGUUAUUGAGCUGUUGGAACUCUCAAGGAAAAACAAGUUUGUAUCGAUUUUAUGAUGAUUUUCAUUUCUGCAUAGGUGUUCUAAUUCACAUUUGAAGGAAAUAGGCACACUCUCCAGCACUCUCAAAUCAGAGAUUAUUUAUUUUUGAUUAGGAUUUGUUUACUAAAAACCCACAAGCUGCUUUAUAGUCACUUGAAUUGAGUGAUACCUUAAAAGACAUACAGUGAAAAUGAACCCCGUCAUACCACUGUGCCUAGUUAUUUCAGGGUUCCUCUAUCAGUUCCUCAUUUUGCAGAUUUAUUCCAAUACCGAGGUAUGGUUGAACCAGCUGUCCGGCCUUAACUCUUUUUAGUGCCCCUCUGCUAACAUUCUUUUAACUGAGUGAUUUGUAUAUGUUUUAACUGUCCAAUGUUUGGAUUUUACCUCUUGAUAGCUCCAUUUGUCCCUGGUGCUGCUUUUAAAGAUGUAGGGCCACGUGAUCAGGUAUCAAGUUGAGUAGGUACGCAGUUGGCCUGGUUAUGUAUCUGUGCCUGUUUUAUCUUCUCCCAGGAAGAGCUGCUUUGGUAUACUUAGAUGUUUACUUAGAUUCAGAUAAAGAACGGGGCAGCAAUCUUGGAAAGCUUUCUGAAGCCUAUAAGAACCUGAAGGGAUUUGGAGGGGGAAUAGUAACAAAGGCUGCCUUUAUGUCUUUGAACAUGAAGCACAUAAAUGUAUGUUCUGUAAAGACUAAAGCGAUUGUUAUACCAGGGCUUCCUGACCUCUGGGAGAGACUUUGAAAAUAGCAGAAAGGUACACAAAGUGAAAUGAAUUUGGUUGGCUUGCUUUAUCUGGUUUCUCAUUUUCUUUCAAUUUAAACCUGAAUAUAACGCCCUUCUCCAAUAUCUACCCGCAGUCUCCUGGUUGGGAAGCCCUGUAUUAAAUUUUGAGAAUGUACCCAGUAUCUUUUUUUUUUUUGUACAGUGCUUUACACCUGCUAAAAAUUAACUUGUUUAAUGCAAAACAAGACCUUGAAAGGUCAGUCAUAUUAAAGCUGGUUUGAUUAUUAAUAGUUAUCUUUUAGGAAGAAGCUUUUUCCCUAUGUAAGAUGUCAUACUGCAGAUUUAAAAUAUAGACUAUCAAUAAAAUGCAUGAAGUGAUCA